GUUUUAUUAUUCUUUUCCUAUAAUUACUUUGGGAACGCUGAUGAGCAAAAAAGAUGGUGGUAAGCAUUUUAUUAAGUGAAGCUAUUGAAGCGAGAACUAUAACCGGAACGAACUUGGAGCGUGACGCUUGGGCAAGUGUCGGCGCGACAAAACCGCGCGCUGGUCCGCCCGCGCGACACUCGCACUCCCGCCAUGCGCCGCGCGCCACCGCUGCUGCUGCUGCUGCUGCUGGCCGGCCCGGCCGCCGCGCAGCCGCCGCUCGUGCACUCCGACACCUCCAUCGACGCGCUCAUCAGCAACGACACCAUCGUGGUAGACAAUGAGAACGGCACGCUCACGUUGCGUGACGUCAACGGCACCGUCAUCGAACUCGACGGAGACCCCGAGGAAGUGGUGCGCAAGAAACGAACCUUCGGCGACAUAGUGUUCCGAGGACUGGCUGACGUGCUCGGCUACAGUGUGGCUAGGAAGCCUCCGCAGGCUGCCUUCCCGCCUCCACUGGCGCCCGUGCCCGGGAUAGACACGCCGCUGGCCGCGCCUGCCCAGGUGCCGCCCCCAGCCCCGGCACCCGCGGUCGCUCCGCCGCCGUGCGGACAGCCGCGAGCCGCCGGGCCUCCGCCCUGCAGAGCCACAAAGCCUCCUCCGCCGCCACCACCACCGCCUCAACCUAAAGCUGUGCCGCCGUGUCCCAAACCGAGAGCUGCGCCGCGACCGAAACCCAAGCCCACCCCGCCGCCACCACCACCGCCGCCGCCGCCGCCACCACCGUGCGCACAGCCCCGGGCUAACCCCACCACACCUGCGCCCUGUGCCCCUCCACCUCCACCACCACCACCACCCAAAGCUGAUAACCUGGAGAGGAUCACCUCGAAUCUCAGGCUGAACUUCAACUUUAACCGCAGCCCAGUGACACAAGCAGCACCGGCACCAGCGCCUGCACCCGCCGCCGCCGCCGAGGCAGUCGAAGAUAAUCAGGCUCAAACAGAACUCGACAGUCAGGAGCAGUUUGUACCAAUCGCAAUAGAACCGCGCGCCGCUAAGCUACCGCAAACUCAGCCGCGCCAACCGCGAGUUUACGUCGAUGCUUUUGUUGUUAGAAACGGCGUACCACAGCGUGUAAACACCGUCGACGCCAAGCAUUUAGACGCGCGAGCUAACAACGCCGACGAAGACUUCCUCGCUUACGACGACGACGCCGCGCAGCAACAACUAGACGAUGAAGAUGACUACGAGGACGUGCAGGAGUCCCGCGACCGGGAGGCAGCCGUGCGCCAGUUCGGUAAUGCCGUCGACCAGUUCUGGCAAAAUAAGAAACAACAGAGAAGGCCAGCGCAGCAGAGGGAGGCAAGGAGGGAGCAUCGGGCUCAGAGGCUUCCAGCGAAUCAUUAUCAAAACGUACAUUUCGGGGAUCGAGAUCUAGCUGACGAGGUCCGUCGCUCUGACGAGUCCCAUCAGAGUCUACAGCGCGAGAGCGAACAUGCCCGUCCUAACAGAAUACCGUUGCCUCUUCCAGAAGCCGAGGAGGACUCCGAGGUCACGACCACAACAGAAGACCCGAGGAAGCCAUUAAAGCCCCGCGUGUUGCCGCCGACCGAGCACAACCCGAACCAAAUCGACACAGUAACAGUGCGAGUACCACCUAUAUAUCGCGAAAAACGACCCAGGAAGUUGCACCGCGAGCGACCGGAGCAGCCGGACAGAGACGAGGAGAAUGAAGAGCCCAGGGACGUAAGCAGCCAGGAGCGAGAGUACGAGCAGGACUCUGACGGCGACGACAGCUCGCUGGCGCCGCGCACCGAGCGCCCCGCCAAGCGCAAGCGACGCCGCAAGCAGAGCCGCAAGACACGCGCCGCAGGCGAUGCCGAGUACUUCGGCAAUUACGAUUACUACGGAAACAAGGUGCCCAUCUCAAAAGAGGAGAAAUUCUACAUGCAACUAACGGUACCACCACCGACCUUAGACGCUGAUGUGGCGAGGCACGAAAAACCGGUAGACAGCGGCUACUUUUUAGAAGAUCACGAACGUAUCCGGGAAGAUCCGAGCCAUCGUAUCCGGGACGAUCCGAGCCACCGUAUCCGCGACGAUGACAGAAGCGCAGAGUCUGAACGCGCAGACAGCAAGGAGCGCCUAGUGGAAGACAAGGACCGGUCUGCGGAAGACAAGGAACUGUCUGCUGAAGACAAGGAGCGUGCUGGUGAGGAGGAGCGCUCUGGGUCCGAGGAGCGAGCAGGCGAGGAGGAUCGAGCGGACGAGCGCGAGCGCACGGACAAGCUGAGCCCGAACGCGCGCGUGCGCGAGACGGGCUACCAGGCCAACUACGUGCGCGCCACCAACGUGCAGGUGGACGACCCGCGCCCACCCGUCGCCGUCACGCGGACCACCAGCACCGGCAAGGCGUGACCCGCCACACACACGCCAUACUUGUAAUUAUUAUUUAUUGGGAGGAGAUGCGACUCGCAACGGUUGUAAACAAAUAUUAUAUAAUCGAAGCAGCUCGCGCAUUUGACAACGCGUGUGUGACACGCGCACGGUACAUUCACUUGCAUACAACUGCACUACGAACUAAGAAAAGUAUUAUGUGAAUGGCGAAGUCCGCGUGGAUUUCGUGUCCAUUUCGAACGUAACCUGUAUGUAUGAAUAUGCAGAGGGAGAGUAAUGUCUGUCAAGUGCGUGACCUGCGAGAGACUGGUCUAUGUGUGACCGGAGCGCUGCCUGUGAUGUUCUAGUUGUAAUGUACCUAUAUGUUGUAUAUCGAUAGUCUUGUUAUUUUUAUACUUAGCUUUAGCGAAUUGUAAUAAGUUU